AUGGCUACCAACACUGUGGACGAUUUGUCUACUUUAGAUCAUUUUGACAACGAUAUUCUACUGCAAGUACUGGAGGAAAGGUACAACAAGGACAAAAUAUAUACAUACGUAGGAGACAUCCUGAUUGCUGUCAACCCGUGUUCUCCCCUUUCGAUAUAUGGCCCUCAGGAAAGACGGAAGUAUCAGGAUCUGAAAGUCCGAGGAAGUCAGCCUCCACAUAUCUAUUGGGUGGCCGAUAAUGCACACAGGAGUCUGAUAGAGACUCAUCUAAAGCAAUGUAUAGUUGUUACUGGAGACUCCGGAGCUGGUAAAACCGAGACGACCAAGUACGCUCUACAACACCUUAUAAAGCGUGUUGAAAAAUGUGCCGUGCCCGACCUUGUGGAAAAACUCUCUCGGGUCAAUCCAUUGAUAGAACUAUUUGGCAACGCAUCUACUGUCUUUAAUCCCAACUCUAGCAGGUUUGGCAAGCUAAUAGAGUUGUCGUACUUACCGGAUGGUACUCUUGUUGGAGGUAAACUACAGACAUUUGUGUUGGAAAAAUCAAGGGUUGUCUGCCAUGGUCUCGGGGACAAAAACUUUCACAUUCUCCAUGCACUUUUCGCAGGAAUGGAGGAAAACAAGCUCCAAUACUACUUCAUUGAAGGAGCUGCAUCCUAUCGAAUUCUUCAAGAGGCUGGCGCAGAACCACACAACUGUUCAGGGACAUUUCGAGAUGCAGAAGAAGAAAAAGAAUUUGCUGACAAAUUCCAAGAAGGGAUGUUCAUUCUCGCAGAACUUGGCUUCUCUGAUCAGGAAGUAUAUCACUUGAUACAGAUGCUAGCUACAGUCCUUCAUAUCGGCAACAUUGAAUUCCAAGAAGAUGAGGGUACUGGAGGAGUGUCUAUCGUGGACGAAGUCUACGUUUCAAACGUUAUGGAGUUGCUUGGUCUGGGAGAAAUAAACUCUGACCCACUUAUCAGUGCUCUGAUAAGUAGACCUCGCGUUGUUAUGGGUGAACAAAUUGUCUCCUUUAAGACAGUGCAGCAGGCUGAAGAUGGACGAGAUGCUCUUGCGAAGGAAUUGUAUAGCAGUCUUUUUAACGGAAUCAUUGACCGAAUCAACCUUGUUCUCAGACCUGAACAAAGCAAUUCUAGAGAUGGACACUCGCUCACCAUCGGAAUUCUUGAUAUCAGCGGAUUUGAAAAUCUCAGGUUGAACUCAUUCGAACAACUUCUUAUCAACAUGACCAACGAGAGACUACAUCAAUACUUUCAACAGCAGAUCUUCGAUGCGGAGCGUGCAGAUUACGUGAGGGAACAAGUGUCAACUAGUGACGUCCCAUUUAAAGAUAAUAGUGACGUGUUGAAGCUGCUUUUCGAGUCCCCAGGCGUGCUGUCCAUUUUGGAGGAAGAAGUGGUCGUUCCGAGGGCCAGUGAUAAAUCUCUUGUAAUAAAGAUGGACAAAUUCCUCAACACAUCGCCAUGUUACCACAAGAAAAGAUCUCUCAUGUUCGGUAUUGUGCACUAUGCCGGAGAGGUGAAAUACAGUGCUGAAGGGUUCCUAGAAAAGAACAAAGGGAUGCUGUCAGAAAACCUCCGCGAAUGUUUUCUCUCUAGUGAAAAUGUGUUUGUCAAAAAAUAUUUUAUUGAAAACUUCCGCUUCAUGAAUGAGUCUGGACGGGGUAGUCUUAGAGGAAGUUUUCGGUCUAGAUUGGAGGGACAGAAGAUAAGAGGGAGGCUAAACUCUGUUGGUGAAGAAAAAUUUGGUGCCAAAGCCGGGGGCAACAAAUUGUAUGAUAGCGUGGCUAGUCAGUACAAGAAAUCAUUGAAAUGCUUAAUUGACAGAAUAUCGACGGCCAAACCAAAUUUCAUCAGAUGUAUAAAGCCCAAUUUUGAACUAACAUCUGGAAAGUUUGAUCGACGUCUGGUGACCGACCAACUUACUAGUAGUGGCCUGUUGGAAGUUGCAAAAAUCCGGAGAGAUGGAUAUCCAAUCAGAAUGAAGAUAGACGUUUUCCGAAAAAGGUAUCACGUGAUUGAAGAAGAAAUGCACUUGGUGGACAAUGACGACAGAAAGAUAGCCGAGGUCAUCGCGCAGCACUGUGGGGUCAAGGAUUACAAAAUAGGGAAGUCCAAGAUAUUCCUGAAACAAGACGGUAUUGAUAACAUAGAAAAGAAAGUAGCGUCCAUGCUCCAGGAAAAGAAAGAACGACAAAAGAAAGAGGAAAGAAAAAAAAGGCAAAGACAAUCAUCAAAUCAGCAUCACGAGGACAGUUUCGAUAAUAUUAGUGAGGCUGGUUCUGUCAGUUCUGGAUAUUCAACACCCUCGAACGGCCAGGUUUCAGUUGAAAAGCCACCAUCAUAUUCUGCUCUCUCAGACAUAGAGGCAGAUCAAAAGAAAACUGAUUCAAAUAGUGUGUCAUCGAAGAAAGCUUCGUAUAACCCUUCAGAAAUUGAAGAACAACUUCCGGCCUACGAUGUUUUCCGUAUUACCGAACGAGAUGUGGACGAAUCGAACGAAUUUGAGGAACGAGCGUUGAAAAUUAUGAGACUUUCUACAUGUGUUAUGUUGUUUCUUGGAAUUCUUGGUACAGGGACAGCAAGUUUAUUGGGCGUUUUGAUGACGACUUCCGGCAUCAGAUUGGCGUUACUGCUUAAUGCAGCGCAGGCGUGUGGUACUGGAUUUCUUGUGUACCGAAUUUUGCCAGAGUAUGACACCGUAUCUGGAAUAACAUUGACACUAGCCAUUGCCCAGCUACCAACAAUACUUAAUAUUCAUCGCCAAAUUUUCAGACGCCGUAAAAGAAAACUGAAGUUCUUCAAGAGGCUAUUUGUAGCCACUUUCUCUAUUCUAGCAAGUCUUAUACAAUUUGGGUUUAACCCAAUGGUGUAUAUAACCGAAACAUUUGUGCCGAAAGAUUCUACUUCCAAAAAUGAGGUCUUUCUAACAGUGUCACUUUUUCUUGUUUCCUUCGGCUGGUGUGAAGCAUUUGCUGGAGAGGAUAUUGACAUUGGUUUCAUGACCAUACCGUUUAAGAAAUGGAGGCACGAGAUAUCUCAGUGUCGAGAUAAGACAAACUUUGUAGCUUGCCCACUUAAAGUGGGUAUAUUUUUUCUAUGUGCCUACCAGUUAGUUCCCGGCGUGACAUUUGCUUUUCCUUUGCCAGUGACGUAUAAGGAUGUCAAUGUUUCAGUACCAAAUAGCAAUGAGACAACCAUUGAACAAGUAGCUGUAUACCAGUCCUUCUUUUCGACAUAUACACUAAUGCUGAUUCAAGUGAUUUCUGGAUACCUCUGCAGUUAUCUGUGUGGAAUAGCAUGUAAGAUCCACAUGCAACGAUUCUCGUUCUGUCUUGCGCUGUUUUUUGUUCCUAUCCUCGCCAUGAGUUUAACUAUAUGGAGGUGUAUGGAAGGUCAAAAUUCACUUCCGGUUUUGGAAGGGACAAUUGCGUGUCCAGAUGAUUUGUCUGUUGACGGUUUAAAAGGAGUUCUUGGCGUUGCGCUGGCUUUGAUGUUGUCCCUUGUGAUGCUGACAUUGCAUGUUUGGUUCCCUUCAACAGAACGCAUGGCAAAGUUGGAGAGAUUGUUUUGUCUGCCGAUGUGGGAUGGUUUUUUCACUGCCAUAAAUGUUCUCUUACGCCGAAAGGAUGACUUAAUGGAGACGGAGACUGGACGCAAAAAAUCUGGCUCUCGUGUGAAAGGAGAGAAAAAGACACGCCCAAUGGUCAAUAUUUGUGCGACCAUGUGGCAUGAGACCAGACAGGAAAUGCUACAGCUCCUUAAAUCUCUCUUCCGGUUGGAUAGAUACUAUUCACAAAACGUGAAUGCAGAAAAAGGCUUCGGUGUAGAACGGGACUAUUUUGACAUGCGGAUUCACGUGAUAUUUGAUGAUGCUUUUUACACUGAUUCCAAAACCAAACAGCGUGUGCCAAAUGAAUAUGUCCAGCAACUUGUAGAAUGUAUAGACCAAGCAUCGAUGUCUGUUGCGAAAGGCAGAAUUAUGUGGAAUAAUCAUCCCAAGAAAUUUACGACUCCUUACGGUGCCAGAUUGGAGUGGACAUUGCCAGGAGGCGUGCCAAUGUACUUUCAUCUAAAGGACAAAUCUAAAGUUCGGCAUCGAAAGAGGUGGUCACAAAUUCUCUACUUGUAUUACUUACUUGGAUUUGAAUUGAUGGGCGUAGGAAAUGAAAACGACAUCUUGAAUAAGAAAAGAUCACGUCAUCGAGUGAAGACCUUCACCUCCCUCCUAAAUAAAAUUCCAACCCACAAGAUUAAAGAGGCCUACAACACGUACAUUUUAACAUUGGACGGUGAUGUCGAUUUCCGCCCGACCGCGGUCAAACUUCUUAUUGACCGGAUGCAGAAAAACGACAAAGUAGCUGCCGUUUGUGGAAGAAUUCAUCCGAUAGGAAGCGGGCCAAUGGUAUGGUACCAGCAGUUUGAGUACGCCGUCGGUCAUUGGCUACAAAAGGCUGCGGAACACGUGUUCGGGUGUGUGUUGUGCUGUCCCGGAUGUUUCAGUCUAUUUCGUUUUGCCUCACUGAUAGACGACAAUGUUGUAAAAAUGUAUACAACGCCACCAUCUGAAGCAAGACACUAUAUCCAGUUUGAGCAAGGUGAGGACAGAUGGCUAUGUACACUAUUACUUCAACAAGGAUGGAAGAUUGACUACUGCGCGGGCGCAGAUUCUUGGACAUUUGCACCAGAGUCAUUCAAAGAAUUUUUCAUCCAGCGACGACGCUGGGCUCCAUCUACCAUGGCAAAUAUACUGGAUCUCUUGUCCUCAUGGCAAUCCACUGUCAAAAUGAAUGACAACAUCAGUACACUGUACAUUUUGUAUCAGUUCGUAUUAAUGUCCUCCAGUAUCCUGGGACCUGGCACUGUUACGCUGAUGAUUGCGGGAUCUUAUUCAUCAGUUUUUAAUAUCAAUAUGUACUAUGCGUUAUUGUUGUCGUUAGUACCGGUCAUUGUUUUCAUCGGAAUAUGUCUGAAAGGUAAAAAUGAUACCCAGAUAAUGAUUGCUGGCUUAUUGUCAUCUAUAUAUUCUGUCGUCAUGGUAAUAGUGACAGUUGGGAUGGUACUCAAUAUGGCUACGGAAUCAUUAUUGAGUCCCAAUGUCAUCUUUAUGAUAGGUCUGGCCGUUAUAUUUUGUGUUGCUGGUAUAUCUCAUCCAAAGGAGAUUAUGUGUCUCGUACACGGAAUUCUCUAUUAUUUGACUGUACCAAGUACCUUCAUUUUCUUGACCAUUUAUUUCCUAUGCAACCUAAAUGUUGUAUCUUGGGGUACUAGAGAGGGUCCAAAGAGGGUGGAUCCAGAGGAUGAGGAACGGAAGAGAAAAGAAGAAGAAGAAAAACAAAGAAAAAAGAAAAAAGGUGGAAAAAUAUUCCGUGCUCUUGGUUUAUCAACACUUUUUCACGAAGCCUUAUCCUUGUUAAAACAAGCAAUUGGUGGUAUAAAGGAAGAAACAAACAAUGCGCCGAAAACAGAUCCAAAAGUGAAUGUUGAAGCAGCUGCCGUGAAACAACAAAAAGAACGUCAACCUACUCUACCAAUACCACAACCGAAGCCUGAUGAACCUGAAACAGCAACUACCGUGAACAACAGAGGUGCAUGGGGUGAGGUAGAUUUCCUUGGAAAUGAGAAAGUCCAAGAUAUUUCAAAAGAUGAAGAGGAAUUCUGGAAAUAUAUAAUUCAGAAAUACCUGGAGCCAAUUAAUGAAGAUAAAGACAAACAAAUUCAGAUUAAAGAUGAUCUGACAAGUCUAAGAAACAACGUAGUGUUUGGGUACUUCCUGAUGAACCUUUUAUUUAUGAUUGCAAUUUUUCAGUUGCAACUCAAUGAGGAUCAACUGUCUCAGUUCUUUAUCCUUGGAGAAUACGAGCCUUUGUCAUUGGCAUUUUUAAGCGUAUUUGCCAUAGUCCUUGUAACACAGUUCAUCGGUAUGCUUCUUCAUCGCUGGGGAACGUUUCUUCACCUUAUGUCCAGCACGCGUAUAGGACUAUGCACACGGAAUUAUGAAGAAGAAUAUGCUGAAGUUGCCUUUAAGGAAGCUGGUCGGCUUCAAACUGGGGACCCAGAGCCAGAUUAUAUAGAAGAACUUGAUAGUGACACUGAGGGUGGAUCUUCAGGUAUCAACACCGUAAGACGAUAUGACGAAAUCCAAGAAGAACAACCUGACUAUCCCGAUGACGAUAAAUCAGUAAUACUCCCUGCAACAACAGUACCACGAGAAUGGGUCGGCAACAUACCAAAACCAGAUUACGGAGAGAUGGAUCCUGAUUAUCCAUCAAGUGAACACGAACCGAGCGGCCAAGCGCAUCGAUAUAAAAAUGCAUAUGAACGCAAUUUUUCGAAGAGGUUUGAGACAAUGCGAAACAAAUACCAGAAACGUUACCAGCGUAGAAUGAGUCAGGUUAAUGGUCUUAACAACAAUAACAUAAGUAGGCGGGAGGCCUUGUACAAUCGGUCUAUAGAAAUGAGAAUGAAAAGGCGACAAAGUUUAUUCACAUAA